GGAAAAGCUCCACCAUCAUCUCAACGACCAAGGUUGGUUAGGGUUUCUGUUUUUUUUUUUUUUUCUGUUUUAUUUCCAUUCCUUCACCAUAUCCAAGAACUCGACUUCAAUGGACAUGCUCUGCAUUGAUUGCUCCUGAAAGAUCCGUGAAAUUUCACGGGAGUUUAGUAGCUCAGUUGUUGUUAAAAGACAAAAAUCUCCCCAUGAAUGAUUUUGUUUCUGAUUGGAGUUCUACCCUUCUUACAACCGUUUCUCAAGCAAGCAAAGCCGAUGAUAUCUCUUUAACUCGUGUGGCUUUAUCUGCAUUUUUACUAUCUCUCGAGAGGUGCCCUGGUGCUCAAAGGGUAGUUAUGGAAAAAGGUCUUCAUUUAAUGAGGGAGACUGCUAAAAGGACUAUGAAUCAUAAGUCUGUUCAAGAAUCAUUAGCAAAAGGGUUGGAAUCACUUUGUUCAGGGGAAAUGCGUUUGUCUCUUGAAGAAGGACAAAAGUGGUCUUGCAUUCUGCUUCCAUGGGUAUUUAGGGAAACUUCAUCUGAUGCUAUUAGAUCUUCUGCAAUCACAAUCCUUUCUCGUAUCUGUGAAGAUUAUGGGCCUUCUUCCAUUCCCAUUUCCCAAGGUUGGUUAGCUAUUAUGCUUUCAGACAUUCUCAAAUCCAGAAAGUUAUCUCUUAAAGGGAGUGCUCAACCUAGGGACAAAGUCAAGACACAAAUCGAUCAGGCAAAUGUACUUUCUGGUACCCAAAGUGUGAACCAAUUGGCUAGUGUUGUGGUCAACUUAGCAGUCAAUGGUGAUUCAUUUGCUUUGGAAGAUUUUCUUACCCUUGAACCAUUUAUUAACACAUACAAAAAUCUAAAGAAAGGAAAUAUCCCUAAAGUGAAUGCUUUAGAUUGCACUUGCAACUUUAAAGGGUAUCAAAGCAAUGACAGUGUUUUCACGUGUGUGAUUGAAAGUAGGUGGGAGAAAGACUCGACAUCUAACCUUAGAUUUGCAAGGCUGAAUCUUGUUGAUCUGGCUGGUUCAGAAAGUCAUGUGAUAAUGGUUCUAGUAGAUGGUGCUAAUGCAAGGACACGUCAUGUUCCUUAUAGAGAUUCAAGAUUGACAUUUCUUCUACAGGGUGUUGUAAAUGAAGAUGCCUCUGGAGAUAUCAUGGUGCUUCAACAGCAAAUACAACCGCUAAAGGUAAUUCUUUUCUUCUGUUGUUAUUUUUUCAAACCCAAUAAAAUUGUAUCCAUAUUCUAUGAAGUAACCAUCUUUUUAUUCAGUCAAGAGGAGCUUGCUAUCCUUAAGAGGAACAACAUAUCCAGGUCUUUAGCAUUUGGUCCAAAAGUCAUUGAAGAGGCUACCCAAGAACACGAGAAUGAUUGCACUAGACAUGAUAACAAAAUCCUGAAGGUUUCCUCUAAACAGAUACUACAAAGCCGACAAAACCUUGUUGUUUGA